AUGCUGACGAUGGAUAUACCACCAUGGAUCAUAAAUCUAUUUGAUGAAAUGGAAGUGGCCAAUGUUGUGUUACAAGAGGAGCUGCUCGAGCUAAGCACUAAUGAGGAGCUGAAGGUGAAAUUUAGAAAAGGCUACCAAACAUUUUGGCUGCAAGCAGAAAUACCCGAAAAAUAUCCUGGACUGUGGGAAAUCGCAAGGAAAUUUCUAAUAGCUUUUCCCUCGUCAUACCUUGUCGAAAGAAGUUUUAGUGCCGAUGCAAACCUCUUAACAAAAAAAAGGAGCAAAUUAAACAUCACAGAGCGGGGGGAUUUGCGGUUAUUUCUCACAAAAAUAUCCAAACAUUGA